AUUGGGUGAUGAUAAUCAGCUUACAUAUUAUUUACAGUGGAGAUGUGUGUCCAUGAUGGGUUGUUUUUUCUGCUGUUGACUUCUUAUCCUACAUUGAUAUAUUGCAGGUUGUGUCUUUAAAGAGAGACCAGUAUCAUCAGACUAUUUGUUUUUUCAAAUGGCACUGGUUGUAAUGUGUGGGCAGCCAUGUAGUGGGAAGUCCAAAGCUGCACUCUGUCUAGUUGAAGCUCUAAAAGAAUCAGAAUCAAAACAUCAAGUGAGAAUCAUAGACGAAGCUUGUUUUCAUCUUGAUCGAAACCAAAGCUAUGCAAACAUGCCUUCAGAGAAGAAUUUAAGAGGGGUGCUCAGGUCAGAAGUAGAUAGGUCUGUGUCCAAAGAUAGCAUCAUCAUAGUAGAUUCUUUGAAUAGCAUCAAGGGUUACAGAUACGAGCUAUGGUGCUUGGCUCGAGCUUCUGGAAUCAGAUACUGUGUGGUGUACUGUGACGUAGAAGAAACCUUUUGUAGGAAAUGGAACGAAGAGCGCAGGGAGAAAGGAGAAGCCAGUUAUGAGGAUUCAAUUUUUGAAGAUUUGGUGAGAAGGUUUGAGAAACCAGAAAGAAGAAACAGGUGGGAUUCUCCAUUGUUUGAAUUAUGGCCACACAGAGAAGAGACAGAGAAAUCUUCCUCUGCCAUUAUAGAUGUUGUCUCCUACUUAACCAAAAAGGUGGACUCCAAAACCAGGGAUGUUAAGAUUCUGCAACCAACUAUUGCCACUCAAACCUCACGUUUUUCUGAUGCAAAUUCUCUGUAUGAAUUGGACAAAGCAACACAAGAAGUCACAAAUGCCAUAGUAGAAGCACAAUCUCAAGCGCUUGGAGGACCACUUAACGGUGUUUCCGUGGGAAAAGAUUUGCCUGUAAUCAACAUUUCAAGGUGUGUUGGGCUGCCGGAGCUACGUAGAAUGCGACGCACCUUCAUAAAAUUGACAGGGCAAACAAGUUUAAGUGGGCCACCACCCCCUUCUGAUGCAGACAGUGCAAAAAGAAUGUUCAUUGACUACUUGAACAGAGAACUAGGAACAUCCUGAAGAACAGUAUAUGAAUUGUUUGCAAUUCAGCUUGUGUGCUAAAGGAUGUCAUGUUUGUAUUUUAAGAUCAGAAACUGUUUUUCUUUUUAGUUUACAUCAUUAUUAUAGAAUAAACUGGUUUUUUUAUUCCCUUCUGGUUUCUUGUACUAUCGUUCAAACUCCUUUCUCAGCCCUAGUAGCUAGCUCAGGUCUGGUUUAACAAAAUCAUAAGAAUGAAAAGAAUUAUAUAAUUUAAAUAUUUUCAUUGUAAGAUA